AGGUGACAAAGCAGGCAAAGGAGCUCGCGCCGCGGCCGGCGGCCGGUCCCGCCCCCGGCACCAUGCUGCCCUCGCAGGAGGCCUCCAAGCUCUACCACGAGCACUACAUGCGGAACUCGCGGGCCAUCGGCGUGCUGUGGGCCAUCUUUACCAUCUGCUUCGCCAUCAUCAACGUGGUGGUCUUCAUCCAGCCCUACUGGGUGGGCGACAGCGUGAGCACCCCCAAGCCUGGCUACUUCGGCCUCUUCCACUACUGCGUGGGCAGCGGGCUGGCGGGCCGUGAGCUCACCUGCCGGGGCUCCUUCACCGACUUCAGCACCAUCCCGUCCGGAGCCUUCAAGGCGGCCGCCUUCUUCGUGCUGCUCUCCAUGGUGCUGAUCCUCGGCUGCAUCACCUGCUUUGCGCUCUUCUUCUUCUGCAACACCGCCACGGUCUACAAGAUCUGUGCUUGGAUGCAGCUCUUGGCAGCCCUUUGCCUGGUCCUGGGCUGCAUGAUUUUCCCUGAUGGCUGGGACGCCGAGACCAUCCGGGACAUGUGUGGGGCCAAGACCGGGAAGUACUCCCUGGGGGACUGUUCGGUGCGCUGGGCGUACAUCCUGGCCAUCAUCGGCAUCCUCAACGCCCUCAUCCUCUCCUUCCUCGCCUUUGUGCUGGGCAAUCGGCAAACAGACCUUCUCCAGGAGGACCUGAAGCAGGAGAACAAAGACUUCGUGGGCACUACAGUAAGCUCUGUGUUGCGGCCAGGAGGUGAUGUCUCCGGAUGGGGAGUCCUCCCCUGCCCUGUGGCUCACUCACAGGGACCCUGAAGGCCAAGACUCCAGCCCAGGAAUUGGCCUGACCUCAGCUUGUCCUGUCACCUGCCCUCUCGUCCAGGCUCUGAGGGAAGAUCUCAGACUGACUUAUCAGCUACAGCCAGCCUGGGAGUUCCAGGUUCUGAAGAAAAGACAAGGGCCAUUCUGCAGCCCGGCGGAGGGGAGGGCCCUGUGGACCCUGGGAGGGGCUAAUUAUGAGUCUCGUCUCAGUCUGGCCUAAGGGACCUAGAUCCCAUCCUUUGGCUGCUUCUCUCCUCUCCAGAGUGGCCUGCAGAUCCCCAGGGAAGGGAGGUACCGUGGUUCUGUCUCCCAGACCUCCCCAGUCUGGAAGGCUGCGACCUGGCUGUAUCCUUGCCUCCUACAGAAGUUGACUCACGACACUGCCCCAGGUGGGCCAGACUCUUUCCUACUUUUUUUUUCCUGAUGAUGGUUCCGCCACAUCUGCCACAGAGCUCCAGGUGCCGCCAGCCUUGCCGAGGCUUCCUCUGCUCCUGCCCCAGCCUCCUCCCAGGACCCCAAACGAGGGUGAGCUGUGCCAAGGGAGAGAGCAGGGGACCUCACUGUCACUCGCUGCCUGGAGCCCUGAGCAGCGCAGAGCUUGUGAACAGAUGCAGGUUCCGGGGGCAGGGAGGGGGUGCCGGCUGGGUGGCCUGGCCUCCUCUCUGCCGGCUGAGAUGUCUCACCAUGACUGGACCCUUGACCCUGGCCUGUUUUGUACAGCACAGACUUCUUGGCCCUGGUGUCAGGGUUAGGGUUGGGGUUGGGGAGGGGGCCAGAAGAAGGUGGGGAAUAUGCGAUUUGUCACCCCUUCUACCCUUCUCACGGUCCUUACACCCCAGGCAUCUGCCAAGGGCAGAGACUUUCUUGCCUCUUUGAUACUUUUCUGCAUAACUUGAACUUGCAGGUCACCUCUGAACAGGGUACCCCUGUCCCCACUCUUGGGCCUUGAGCAUCCCUGCCUCUUCCUCUCCCUGCCUACCUGUCACCUUGUAAUACGACCAAGGUGUGCAGCCUGUGGGCAGUGCUUGGAGCCGAGGCAUGAGUGAGUGUGUGUGCGUAUUUGUGUUUGUGAGUGUGUGUGUAUGUUGGAGAGAGGCAAAGCGGUCUUCUCCCCCACCCCACGGUGGGUCUUCUCCGUGCCCUUCAGCAGUGUGGGAGACUCUAGGCAGCUUCUGAACACUCCACAUUACCUUGUGGAUUUGGUGGCAGAGCCAUCUAGCCUCGGGAGCCCUCCAGCUUGUGGCUGUACAACCCCUCCAGCACCUGGUUGGGGGCAGCAGACCAGCUUCGUCUUGGGUGCCUGCUGACUGGUCCACUGUGGAGCAGGAGGGUUGCCUCCCAGGCUGCCUGGGGAAGCGUGCUGUUAAUUGUUGAUCGGGAUUGCCUCCGCCAGCAGGGAGGAAAGCAGCUCGAGAGCCGUAUAUGUGCCACCCUGUGUUCGUUUCCAUGGGACUUGGACCUGAGAAAGACCUGAGUCUGCACAACCCCGUCUGGAGCCUCCCUGGAUCCCACUCUUACUCUCCUGGCCCUUGCCCGUGCUGCCUGCGCGUGGUAGCGCUGGAGGUGCAGCAGACAGUGGGGGGCAGGAAUGAGUUCCUCGGAGUCCGACAGGAGCCCAGAGUUGGAGGGAGAGUGAUGGAGGGCAGGGGACGAGUGACUGGGAAAGAGGAAGAGAGGGGCGAAGGGCCAAGAGUGCAGAGGGAGGCAAAGCAGCAGGGAGGAGACAAAUGCAGAGAUAACUGAGAGGGAUCUGGAGAUGCAGGAGCAGAGCUGGAGAAAUGGGAAGGGAAGAGACUGAAAUCCAGGGGCUUGUGGCAGAAAGGAAUCUGGGGGAGGAGGGAGGAGUGGCAGGACAGGAAAGAACUGGUGAAGAGGCUAAUGGAGAGGUGAUUCGUGGAGGGCAAGACUGACAUGCAGGAAAAAGAACAGGAAGAAGAGGAUGGAGGUGGCACGAUGCUGCUGUGUGGGGAGCAGGGAGGGAACAGCUUGCUUUCUGAAGGACACUAGUGGCCCAAGACUCCUGUGCUCCAGGGGAGGUUCGAAUCAGCCCCCUGAAGGCCACAUGGCUGGAGGCCUGAGGCCUAAGUAGCCCCAGGAAGAUUGGAGUGUGGAAUCAUUCCAGAGGGGAGCCGAGUCCAGGCAGUGUUGGCGGUGGGUCAGUGCUGGGGGAGGAAGAAGAGCCAGUUUCCUUUUGGGGUGGUCUGACAAUGCUUCCAUGCCACCCUCUACCCAGCCAGCUGCUGCCUGGGUGGGGCAAGGGGCAGCCUAGGAGUAACCAAGGGUUAGAACAGGAUUGGGUGGGCUGAGGCCUGGGUGUGCCCCAGGGUAGCCCAGGGAAUGGAUGGAGGUUGGAGUGGGAAGCAAACCGUAGCCCUGCCCUGGAAGAUUCAGCAGAGGUGGGACAGAGCAGGUAAAGGUGCUUCUGCUGAGGACCCAGGUGAGCCCAUGGUUCCAGUGGCCCUCUGGGGCAAUGGCAGCAUCAUGUAAAGGACAGGCCUUUGGUUUGUCUUUAUGCACAGCCUGCAAAGUGGCUUUAGUCUUUGGGAAGGGACAAACACAUCUGACCCCAGGAAGGCCUCUUGGGUGCCAACCCAGAGCCUCCAGGCUUUAGGUCUCUGGAGGAGUCCUCUGCCCAUGGUGAGUAGGUGAGGGGGAUCUGACGCCACCUGCUUUUCUAUGCCCUUUCAGGAGAAGCAGGAGCCACACAUGGAGGCAGUUUAGCCUUUAGCCCAGGGUAUUAAUCAGUCCUUACUACCUGGGCUGUGGGAGGUGAACUUUCCUCUUUGGGGACCAGAACCUAUGGAGGAAACUUUCCUGAGGGGGUGAGGAUGUGGGUAGGAGCAAGAUCUUUUCAGGCCUGGAAUAGCCAAGAAGAUGAGAACUUUUAGGCAAGGCUAUGGGGAAAGAGUCUCUGGCCUUUUGAGAUUCUUGCUUGGGCCCAGGAGUCAGCCUUCGCCAGCUUCCAGUGUGAGCUGAGACAGGGGACUCUCUCUGGAGAAACUGGGAUCUUCCCAGCACCAGAAACAUGUGGGCCCCUGCCUGGCUCAGAGCUAGCUUUUGGGUGGGACUGGAGGCUCCUGGAACAGGGAGUAAGUCCUUUUCCAGAGAUCUGAUGGACAGACCUCCAAGGGCCUCCGCUAUGUCUUUAGGAUAGCUUGGUAUCGUCUAUACUCCACUAGUAAGUUCUGUCUGAAUGUGUCCUCACUGUUCACUGUCCAAUUUGGUAACACUUUAUUUUGGUCCUGACCCCUUCUGCUGCUGCUGGAUUUGAGCUUCAGUGCAGGUGGAAUGAUGUUCAAAUAAAGAAACACUUUAUAUCACC